AUGGACACUACAAAUAAAGAUGAUGAAAAGUUAAAGUCAUUAUCAAAAGCUUGGUGGGAAGACAAUACACGAUCUAGAAGAAGCAGAAUUCAAAGAGACGUGAGUGCAGAGCAGGAAUUUAGUUACAAUACUGAGAUACUUAGAGAAAAUGUGGAGGAAUUCACAAACCUUGCAAAUAGCAGAAAAAAAUAUUCACUUAUAUACCCAGGGAAACACAAAGGUUUUAGAGAAAUUAACAAUGAACACAUGGAAAUGAUUGAGCUUUUUGCAGAUACUGGAUCUGGCAGUAAUACAACAACAGCAAUAACUGAAAUGUCUCAAGGAGUAGUGACUGAAUCUCCAAGCAUUGCUCCUGAAACAUCUUCUGUGGAGUACAGUGAAUCUACAAGCAUUGCUCCUGAAACAUCUCAUGUGGAGUCCAGUGAACCUCCAAGCAUUGUUUCUGAAACAUCUCCUGUGGGGUCCACUAAAGCACCAAGCAUUGCUCCUGAAACAACUCCUUCUGAAUCUACUGGAUCUCAAAGUAUUGUUCCUGAAACAUCUGUAGAAUCAAGUAAAGCUCCAAGCAUUGCGCCUGAAACAUCUCCUGCAGAAUCCAGUGAAUCUCCAAGCAUUACUCCUGAAACAUCUCCUGUGGAGUCCAGUGAAUCUCCAAGCUUUGCACCUGAAACAGCCCCUGCUGGGUUCACUGAGUCUCAAAGCAUUAUUUAUGAAACAACACCUGCAUAUUUCCCCAAGGCUUCCAGCAUUGCUCCUGAAACAUCUCCUGCAGAGUCCAGUAAAGCUUCAAGCACUGCUUCAGAAACAUCUCCUUCUGAAUCUACUGAAACUCAAACCAUUAUUCCUGAACCAUCUGUAGAAUCCACUAAACCUCCAAGCAUUUCUCCUGAAACAUCUCCUGUGGAGUCCAGUGAAUCUCCAAGCUUUGCUCCUGAAACAUCCCCUGCUGGGUACACUGAAUCUCAAAGCAUUAUUACUGAAACAACACCUGCAGAUUUCACUAAAGCUUCAAGCGCUGCUCCUGAAAUAUCUCCAGCAGAGUCCACUAAAGCUCCCAGCUUUGCUCCUGAAACAUCCACAGAAUCCAGUAAAGCUCAAAGCACUGCUGCAGAAACAUCUCCUGCAGAGUCCAGUAAAGCUCCAAACACUGCUCCAGAAACAUCUCCUGUGGAAUCCAGCGAACCUCCAAGCAUUGCUCCUGAAACAUCUCCUGUGGGGUUCACUACAGUACCAAGCAUUGCUCCAGAAAUAUCUCCUGUGGAGUCCACUAAAGCACCAAGCAGUGCUCCUGAAACAUCUCCUGCGGAGUCCACUAAAGCACCAAGCAGUGCUCCUGAAACAUCUCCUGUGGAAUCCAGUGAACCUCCAAGCAAUGCUCCUGAAACAUCUCCUGUGGGGUCCACUACAGUACCAAGCAUUGCUCCUGAAACAUCUCCUGUGGAGUCCAGUGAACCUCCAAGCAUUGCUCCUGAAACAUCUCCUGUGGGGUCCACUACAAUACCAGGCAUUAGUCCCGAAACAUCUCCUGCAUGGUCAACUAAAACAUCUCCUGUGGAGUCCACUAAAGCACCAAGCAUUGUUUCUGAAACCUCUCCUGCAGCAUCCACUGAAACUCAAACCAUUAUUUCUGUAACAUCUGUAGAAUCCACUAAAGCUCCGAGCAUGACUCCUGAAACAUCUCCUGCGGAGUCCACUAACGCACCAAGCAGUGCUCUUGAAACAUCAUCUGCACAGUCAACUGAAACUCAAAGCAUUAUUUCUGAAACAUCUCCUGUGGAGUCCAGUGAACCUCCAAGCAUUGCUCCUGAAACUUCUCCUGCAGCAUCCACUGGAACUCAAACCAUUAAUCCUGAAACAUCUGUAGAAUCCACUAUUGCCCCAAGCAUUGCUCCCGACACAUCUCCUGCCGGCUCCAGUGAAACUCAAACCAUUUUUCCUGAAACAUCUUUAGAAUCUACUAAAGCUCCAAGCAUUGCUCCUGAAACAUCUCCUGCGGAGUCCACUAAAGCAUCAAGCAGUGCUCCUGAAACAUCAUCUGCACAGUCAAUUGAAACGCAAAGCAUUAUUUCUGAAACAUCUUUAGAAUCUACUAAAGCUCCAAGCAUUGCUCCUGAAACAUCUGCGGCAGAGUCCUCUAAAGCACCAAGCAAUGUUCCUGAAACCUCUCCUGCAACAUCCACUGAAACGCAAACCAUUAAUCUUGAAACAUCUGUAGAAUCCACUAUUGCCCCAAGCAUUGCUCCUGUAACAUCUCCUGAGAGGUCUACUAAAGCCCCGAGCAUUGCUCCCGAAACAUCUCCUGCAAGGUCUACUGAAAAUCAAACUAUUAUCCCUGAAACAUCGUUAGAAUCUACUAAAGCUCCAAGCAUUGCUCCUGAAACAUCUCCUGCAGAGUCCUCUAAAGCACAGAGUAUUACUCCUGAAACCUCUCCUGCAGCAUCCACUGAAACUCAAACCAUUAUUACUGAAACAUCUGUAGAAUCAACUAUUGCCCCAAGCAUUGCUCCUGAAAUAUCUCCUGUGGAGUCCACUAAAGUACCAAGCAGUGCUCCUGAAACAUCAUCUGCACAGUCAACUGAACCUCAAAGCAAUAUUCCAGAAACAUCUCCUGUGGAGUUCAGUGAACCUCCAAGCAUUACUCCUGUAACAUUUCCUGCAGAGUCCACUAAAGCAUCGAGUAUUUCUCCUGAAACCUCUCCUGCAGCAUCCACUGAAACUCAAACCAUUAUUCCUGAAACAUCUCCUGUGGAGUCCACUAAAGCACCAAGCAUUGUUUCUGCAACAUCUCCUGUGGGGUCCACUACAGUAGCAAGCAUUGCUCCUGAAACAUCUCCUGUGGAGUCCACUAAAGCACCAAGCAGUGCUCCUGAAACAUCUCCUGUGGAGUCCAGUGAACCUCCGAGCAUUGCUCCUGAAAUAUCUCCUGUGGGGUCCACUACAGUACCAGACAUUGCUCCUGAAACAUCUCCUGCAGGGUCAACUGAAACCUCUCCUGCAGCAUCCACUGAAACUCAAACCUCUAUUACAGAAAAAUCUGUAGAAUCAACUAUUUACCCAAGCAUUGCUCCUGAAACAUCUCCUGUGGAGUCCACUAAAGCACCAAGCAUUAUUCCUGAAACGUCUCCUGCAGCAUCCACUGAAACUCAAACCAUUAUUCCUGAAACACCUUUACAAUCUACUAAAGCUCCAAGCAUUGCUCCUGAAACAUCUCCUGCAGAGUCCACUAAAGCACAGAGUAUUGCUCCUGAAACCUCUCCUGCAGCAUCCACUGAAAGUCAAACCAUUAUUCCUAAAACAUCUGUAGAAUCAACUAUUUCCACAAGCAUUGCUCCUGAAACAUCUCCUGUGGAGUCCACUAAAGCACCAAGCAUUGUUCCUGAAACCUCUCCUGCAGCAUCCACUAAAGCUCCAAGCAUUGCUCCUGAAACAUCUCCUGCAGAGUCCACUAAAGCACUGAGUAUUUCUCCUGAAACCUCUCCUGCAGCAUCCACAGAAACUCAAACCAUUAUUACUGAAACAUCUCCUGUGGAAUCCAGUGAGCCUCCAAGCAUUGCUCCUGAAACAUCUCCUGUGGGGUCCACUACAGUACCAGGCAUUGCUCCCGAAACAUCUCCUGCAGGGUCAACUGAAACUCAAAGCAUUAUUUCUGAAACAUCUCGUGUGGAGACCACUAAAGCACCAAGCAUUGUUCCUGAAACCUCUCAUGCAGCAUCCACUGAAACUCAAACCAUUAUUCCAGAAAAAUCUGUAGAAUCAACUAUUACCGCAAGCAUUGCUCCUGAAACAUCUCCUGUGGAGUCCACUAAAGCACCAAGUAUUGUUCCUGAAACCUCUCCUGCAGCAUCCACUGAAACUGAAACCAUUAUUCCUAAAACAUCUGUAGAAUCCACUAAAAUUCCAAACAUGACUCCUGAAACAUCUCCUGCGGAGUCCACUAAAGCACCAAGCAUUGCUCCUGAAACAUCUCCUGUGGAAUCCAGUGAACCUCCAAGUAUUGCUCCUGAAACAUUUCCUUUGGGGUCCACUACAGUACCAAGCAUUGCUCCUGAAACAUCUCUUGUGGAGUCCAGUGAACCUCCAAGCAUUGCUCCUGAAACAUCUCCUGUGGGGUCCACUACAGUACCAGGCAUUGCUCCCAAAACCUCACCUGCAGGGUCAACUGAAACUCAAAGCAUUAUUUCUGAAACAUCCCAUGUGGAGUCCACUAAAGCACCAAGCAUUGUUCCUGAAACCUCUCUUGCAGCAUCCACUGAAACUCAAACCAUUAUUUCCGUAACAUCUGUAGAAUCGGCUAAAGUUCCAAGCAUGACUCCUGAAACAUCUCCUGCAGAGUCCACUAACGCUCCAAGCAUUGCUCCUGAAACAUCUCCUGCAGAGUUCACUAAAGCAUCGAGUAUUUCUCCUGAAACCUCUCCUGCAGCAUCCACAGAAACUCAAGCCAUUAUUACUGAAACAUCUCCUGUGGAGUCCACUAAAGCACCAAGCAUUGUUCCUGAAACCUCUCCUGCAGCAUCCACUGAAACUCAAACCAUUAUUCCUGAAACAUCUCCUGUGGAGUCCACUAAAGCACCAAGCAUUGUUCCUGAAACCUCUCCUGCAGCAUCCACUGAAACUCAAACCAUUAUUCCUGAAACAUCUCCUGUGGAGUCCACUAAAGCACCAAGCAUUGUUCCUGAAACCUCUCCUGCAGCAUCCACUGAAACUCAAGCCAUUAUUACUGAAACAUCUCCUGUGGAGUCCACUAAAGCACCAAGCAUUGUUCCUGAAACCUCUCCUGCAGCAUCCACUGAAACUCAAACCAUUAUUCCAGAAAAAACUGUAGAACAACAUUCCGCAGCAUUGCUCCUGAAACAUCUCCUGUGGAGUCCACUAAAGCACCAAGCAUUGUUCCUGAAACCUCUCCUGCAGCAUCCACACUGAAACUCAAAACUCAAAUUAUUAUUCCUGAAACAUCUCCUGUGGAGUCCACUAAAGCACCAGCAUUGCUCCUGAAACAUCUCCUGUGGAAUCCAGUCUCCAAGAAACAUCUCCUUUGGGGUCCACCAGUGCAUUGCUCCAAAAACCUCACCUGCAGGGUCAACUGAAACUCAAACCAUUAUUUCUGAAACAUCUCGUGUGGAGUCCACUAAAGCACCAAGCAUUGUUCCUGAAACCUCUCUUGCAGCAUCCACUGAAACUCAAACCAUUAUUUCCGUAACAUCUGUAGAAUCGGCUAAAGUUCCAAGCAUGACUCCUGAAACAUAUCCUGCAGAGUCCACUAAAGCUCUAAGCAUUGCUCCUGAAACAUCUCCUGCAGAGUCCACUAAAGCAUCGAGUAUUUCUCCUGAAACCUCUCCUGCAGCAUCCACAGAAACUCAAGCCAUUAUUACUGAAACAUCUCCUGUGGAGUCCACUAAAGCACCAAGCAUUGUUCCUGAAACCUCUCCUGCAGCAUCCACUGAAACUCAAACCAUUAUUCCUGAAACAUCUCCUGUGGAGUCCACUAAAGCACCAAGCAUUGCUCCUGCAACAUCUCCUGUGGGGUCCACUACGGUAGCAAGCAUUGCUCCUGAUACAUCUCCUGUGGAGUCCACUAAAGCACCCAGCAGUGCUCCUGAUACAUCUCCUCUGGAGUCCACUAAAGCACCAAGCAGUGCUCCUGAUACAUCUCCCGUGGAGUCCACUAAAGCACCAAGCAUUGUUCCUGAAACCUCUCCUGCAGCAUCCACAGAAACUCAAGCCAUUAUUCCUGAAACAUCUCCUGUGGAGUCCACUAAAGCACCAAGCAUUGUUCCUGAAACCUCUGCUGCAGCAUCCACUGAAACUCAAGCCAUUAUUACUGAAACAUCUCCUGUGGAGUCCACUAAAGCACCAAGCAUUGUUCCUGAAACCUCUCCUGCAGCAUCCACUGAAACUCAAACCAUUAUUCCUGAAACAUCUCCUGUGGAGUCCACCAAAGCACCAAGCAUUGUUCCUGAAACCUCUCCUGCAGCAUCCACUGAAACUCAAACCAUUAUUCCUGAAACAUCUCCUGUGGAGUCCACUAAAGCACCAAGCAUUGCUCCUGCAACAUCUCCUGUGGGGUCCACUACGGUAGCAAGCAUUGCUCCUGAAACAUCUCCUGUGGAGUCCACUAAAGCACCAAGCAGUGCUCCUGAAACAUCUCCUGUGGAGUCCAGUGAACCUCCGAGCAUUGCUCCUGAAAUAUCUCCUGUGGGGUCCACUACAGUACCAGACAUUGCUCCUGAAACAACUCCUGCAGGGUCAACUGAAACCUCUCCUGCAGCAUCCACUGAAACUCAAACCUCUAUUCCAGAAAAAUCUGUAGAAUCAACUAUUUCCCCAAGCAUUGCUCCUGAAACAUCUCCUGUGGAGUCCACUAAAGCACCAAGCAUUAUUCCUGAAACGUCUCCUGCAGCAUUCACUGAAACUCAAACCAUUAUUCCUGAAACAUCUUUACAAUCUACUAAAGCUCCAAGCAUUGCUCCUGAAACAUCUCCUGCAGAGUCCACUAAAGCACAGAGUAUUGCUCCAGAAACCUCUCCUGCAGCAUCCAUUGAAACUCAAACCAUUAUUCCUAAAACAUCUGUAGAAUCAACUAUUUCCACAAGCAUUGCUCCUGAAACAUCUCCUGUGGAGUCCACUAAAGCACCAAGCAUUGUUCCUGAAACCUCUCCUGCAGCAUCCACUAAAGCUCCAAGCAUUGCUCCUGAAACAUCUCCUGCAGAGUCCACUAAAGCACCGAGUAUUUCUCCUGAAACCUCUCCUGCAGCAUCCACAGAAACUCAAACCAUUAUUACUGAAACAUCUCCUGUGGAAUCCAGUGAACCUCCAAGCAUUGCUCCUGAAACAUCUCCUGUGGGGUCCACUACAGUACCAGGCAUUGCUCCCGAAACAUCUCCUGCAGGGUCAACUGAAACUCAAAGCAUUAUUUCUGAAACAUCUCGUGUGGAUACCACUAAAGCACCAAGCAUUGUUCCUGAAACCUCUCAUGCAGCAUCCACUGAAACUCAAACCAUUAUUCCAGAAAAAACUGUAGAAUCAACUAUUUCCGCAAGCAUUGCUCCUGAAACAUCUCCUGUGGAGUCCACUAAAGCACCAAGUAUUGUUCCUGAAACCUCUCCUGCAGCAUCCACUGAAACUGAAACCAUUAUUCCUAAAACAUCUGUAGAAUCCACUAAAAUUCCAAACAUGACUCCUGAAACAUCUCCUGCGGAGUCCACUAAAGCACCAAGCAUUGCUCCUGAAACAUCUCCUGUGGAAUCCAGUGAACCUCCAAGUAUUGCUCCUGUAACAUCUCCUUUGGGGUCCACUACAGUACCAGGCAUUGCUCCAAAAACCUCACCUGCAGGGUCAACUGAAACUCAAACCAUUAUUUCUGAAACAUCUCGUGUGGAGUCCACUAAAGCACCAAGCAUUGUUCCUGAAACCUCUCUUGCAGCAUCCACUGAAACUCAAAACAUUAUUUCCGUAACAUCUGUAGAAUCGGCUAAAGUUCCAAGCAUGACUCCUGAAACAUUUCCUGCAGAGUCCACUAAAGCUCCAAGCAUUGCUCCUGAAACAUCUUGUGCAGAGUCCACUAAAGCACCGAGUAUUUCUCCUGAAACCUCUCCUGCAGCAUCCACAGAAACUCAAACCAUUAUUACUGAAACAUCUCCUAUGGAGUCCACUAAAGCACCAAGCAUUGUUCCUGAAACCUCUCCUGCAGCAUCCACUGAAACUCAAACCAUUUAUUCCUGA